CUGACUGCUAGGAGGUCGCUCCGACAGACGCGGCGCAGCCGGAGCGGCGCCGGCCGAGGCGCCUGAGCGUGGCCCCAUGCCCCUGCCCCUGUCCCCCCUGCUGCUGUUGCUGGGCACCACGCUGACCUUCCGGGCCGGGCUGCUGGUGCUGUCCCGCCUUCCCCUGCCUGUCCACGUGCGGGGCGACCCCCUGCACACCUGGCGCUGGCGCAACCUGCUCGUCUCCUUCGCCCACUCCAUAGUGUCCGGACUCUGGGCGCUGCUCUGUGUCUGGCAGACGCCGGAGAUGCUGGUGGACAUUGAGACCAAAUCCUCUCUCUCCGGGUAUUUCCUCGUCUGCUUCUCCACCGGCUAUUUUAUCCAUGACUCGUUGGACAUCCUGUUGAGCAAGCAGGCCCAGGCGUCUUGGGAAUAUCUGGUCCACCAUGUCUUGGCCAUCUUUGCCUUUGCCUCGGGCAUCUUUAAGGGCUGCUUCGUGGCAGGUGGGGUCCUGAUCCUCUUUGUGGAAAUCAGCAACAUCUUCCUUACAAUAAGAAUGAUGAUGAAGCUCAGCAACCAUCAGGACUGUGUUUUCUACGAGAUCAAUAAGUACAUCAACCUGGUCAUGUACUUCCUGUUUCGCUUGGCCCCUCAAGCCUACCUCACCAGGUAUUUCCUCCGCUAUCUGGGCCAGAGGACACAGGGCACCUUUCUGCUCAGCAUCCUGAUGAUGCUGGAUAUGAUGAUUCUCAUCUAUUUUUCUCGACUCCUUCGAUCGGACUUCUGCUCAAAUGGAAAGGCUUCCCCUUACCAUAGCAAAAAUAAGUUUCUGACUGAAUAAGUCCAGUCCAUCAUUUGGGAAAUUUGGGGACUUACUUUUAUCCAUGUGGCAUAGUACCUCUUGGCAAGGGCACCUAUUUCUCUACCAACUUACAUGUACUAUUGAAGAUACUAAAACAAACGGAACGACAAAAAAAAAAAAAAAAAACACCCCCCCCCAAAAAACACACCACCUAGAAAUCUUGUGCAUUUUCUACGGUCAAAUGAAGCCAGCAAAUGGAUGAGAAAAUUCUGGGUGCAGUAGGCUGGGGAAGACUCUUGUGGGUUCCUUGGUACAACAAAGGUAAGGCCAGGCCAAAGGUAGUUUGGGAAUAAAGACUAUAGAAAAAGUG